AUGCUCGAGGGCGGCGCGAGCGUCAUCAGCGACGCGAACGACGCGAACGACGCGAUGACCUCGCUCCCAGGCGAGAUUAGCGAGAUCGGGAACCAGCUGGUCGGCAGCUCCGAGGGCGUCACGGCACACGGGCCCCUCGUGGACGCGCUCCGCAACGGGACUUUCAACGCGUGGCUCCAGAACGAGUCCAACCGCGAGAAGCUGAAGCGAUUGCUGAAGAAGCCCAACAACUUGCACGACGGCAACUUCUGCGAGGACGAUGAGGAGGAGCACGCCACCUUAUGCUACAAGAAGUGCUCACUGAUCACGAACGGCGAGUACCCGUUUCGGGGCACUGCGUUCUCGUGUUGCAGGGCGACGCCAUGCACUUUGUUCAAUUCGCACUUCAUUAUGUCGAUGUGCAGUGGGUACGACAUCGCCGGCGAGAGGGCCAACAAUGCGUGCCCCCACGCCAGAGGGGCGUGCUACGCGGACGAGGAGAUGCGCUUGAAUACGUGUUACAAGAAAUGCGUUCUGCUCACCGGGGGGACGCACGCAUUCAGGACCGCGGCAGAGACGUGCUGCAAGUACGAGGGCUCCAUGCAGUGCCUGACGCACCCUAACUCCUCCGUGACUAGCCCCCUGUACGCAGUCGGUGGCGGCGAGUUUGAGAAGAUCAACAGGUCGAACAUGACCGUGAACAUGCCACACCCCCCAGUCGCGAUUGAGGCAGAAGCGCCAUGA